AUGAAAGUUGCAUCCUUUAGUGUUUUUGUUGAAGUGUCUUCAGCUUCUGAAGUUGAGACAGCUGAGCAGCAGUUAAAUGGCUAUGAGUUGGAUGGUAGAAAAUUGAGGGUUAACGCGGGUCCUCCUCCACCGAAGAGGGAAUUUCCUUCUCGAGAGGACCUAGAAGCAGCUUUGGAAGCUCUAGUUCUGGAUAUGGUGGACGUGGAGGAUCUGGUGCUGGUUCUGGAAACCGUGUAUAUGUCGGCAAUCUCUCGAGGUGGGUUGAUGACAUGGUUCUCGAGAGUUUUCUUGGGGAGCAAGGAAAGGUUGUUGAGGCUAGAGUUAUCUACGACAGGGACAGUGGUCGAUCAGAGGGUAACUGAAAUGUAA